UCUACACCACUUUUGUGGCAAAUAUGACUUAUCUAUCGGCUACGCGCACUGCGCAGUGUAUGCAUAUCAUAUGAUAAUAAAACAGUUUGUAUACUAAUGUGAUAUAGUUACUGCAGCGGGAUUUCAGUCGAUAGCUGUCGUCUACAUAGGUUAAUUUAAUCGUACCGAACGUUUGUGUGAAGAUGUUUCGCAGGCUCAAGUCAUCGGCCAUCGCAGUGGUGCUGCUCGCUGCAAUUGUUGCUCACACUCUAGUUACACCCACCGACAACGUCGCAACGGAAGAUCAUUCCAAUAGCACGUCUACAGCUCGUCCUGUCGUUAACUAUCUCGACCCAGGAAAGGAUUUUACCAUAGAAAAUUUUAAGAACAGUAGUCCGACCAAGUGUCCAAAUAUUCACCGUUCAAUAGACGAAUUCCCCAGCGAUUUCUUCACCGAAGAACAAAGACGUCACGGAGCCAUUGUCAUUCAUUUAAUUCUUGCAUUUUAUGGAUUUCUAUUCAUAACAUUUGUUUGCCAGGACUAUUUUCUACCAUCAGUAUUAUAUAUAUGUUUAGAUCUUGGGAUCUCGCCGGACGUUGCCGGGGCGACGUUCAUGGCGGCGGCAACUUGCACUUCCGAACUUCUCGUCUCCGUGAUCGGAACUUUCGUGACCAAGUCCGACCUCGGAGUGGGCACGGUGGUGGGCAGCGGCGUCUACAACACGCUUGGCGUGUCGGCUUGUGCGGGCCUGGCAGUCUGCGGCCGGCCAAUCGUGGUGGAAAAGUGGCCGCUGAUUCGAGACAGCGCCGUGUACGCAACGUCCAUAGCCGUGCUGGCCGUCAUCGCCGUGGACAACGUGAUCGUGUGGUACGAGGCGCUGAUCAUGGUCACCAUGUUCUUUGGAUACUUUGUCUUCUUGUUCACGCAAUACAAGCUCGUCGAAGCAGUCGACAAGUGGAAACACAACGGUGGGAUAACAGUUAUUAAGCGUAUCAAGCGAUGGAUAUUUUGUAGAAAGUACGCUUUGAUGGAAUCUCAAAAUGUCACAUUAUACAGAAGUGAUAUACAAAUACGUCAAUACGGAACAGUCGAACAUCAGCUGCAAGAAGGCGAUCGAGAGUCUUCGAAAAUAACAUUUACUUCGACAACAACUUUCAGCGAACGUGAUCAAUCGAAUUUCGAUGAACAAACUUAUUUACCUCCAUCGAAAUCGUCCAGGAUCGAUAUGUUGCUGAUCGUCUGGCGAACGUUUUGCUUGCCGGUUAACUUCGUGUUGUGGGCCACGAUACCGGAUUGCCGGACCAAACGAUCACUAUUCCCUAUCACGUUUGUCAUGGCCAUCAUAUGGGUCAGCACUAUCACGUACGUUUUGUCGUGGUUCUUAACGAUAUGCGGUGAUACGUUUCAUGUCAGUGACGUUGUCAUGGGCAUAGGAGUCUUGGCGGUCGGCAGCAGCAUCCCCGAAGCCGUUUCGGGCAUAAUAAACGCACAAAACGGCGAAGGGUCCAUGAGCAUUAGCAGCGCGCUGGGGUCUAACACGAUGGACAUAUUACUGUGUUUGGGUCUGCCGUGGUUCGUCAAGUGCACGCUGCCAACAUCAAUGAAUGGCGGACCCGUCACACUGCAAACCGACACUUUGUUUUUUAACUGCAUAUGCAUGAUUGCCAGUGUGGUCGUCCUUAACGUGGCGGCCGCCAUCGGUGGAUACAAAAUGCACAAACCAUUUGGAGUCAUGUGCCUUGUUGGACAGAUGGUUGUCAUUGCGGUGUUGGUUAUAAAUGGAUUGAACGUUGCUAAAGAUGAUGGAAGUGUACGCUGUACCAGUUCGGUAUAGGUAUAUUUCAGUAGGAUAGUUAAUGUUUUUUUAUUUUACCGCUUAUGAAAAACGACGGUACAUUAUUGUGCAUUUAAUUAUACAGUAAUUAUUGUAAUAUUUGAUACCAACUUUGUGGACAGUCCCAACUCCCAACAGUCUUUCUUUUCCAUUUGUAGAUAUUCUAAGGGUGAGUAGAUAAUAUAAGGUAUAGUACGGACAUACACUUUUGGAUAAAACCAGUCGCUAUGACACCUGCAAAUAACGAACUGUAAGUUGGAAAUUUUAUCACGAUGGGUAUUUUAGAGUCAACGUUUACACGUUAGAGUCCAUUGAAAAUGCAUAGUAAUGUGAGUUAGUUUCCGUUCUAGAGCUACUACAUAGUGUUGGGUGAUAGGCAGACCAAUGCGAGACCAGCAAUUAGAACUUUAAACGCAUGUCCAAUACUUAUUAAUAUGUUCAUUCCUUUUUAGACAAUCAUCAAUAUGCACAAGUAAAUUUAACUGUACUAAACUAUACCAAAGUCCAAAAAUAUAUUGUAUGUGUAUAGUGUAUACCCAUUAAACAUUAUAAAAAAACAGUACCCAACUGACAUAAUUGACAAUAAUUGUAUUACUAUCUUCAUAAUAAUACUCUAUACCUUAGAACACUUACACAUAUACAUUAUGAUCUAAGCUCUACUUUCCGUUCUCCAAAGCUAUAAGAAUGACUUAAUAAUAUUAUGUUAUCGAAAAUACUGACAUUUAUCUCUAAAAAUUUCCUAUAUACUUAUUACUUAAUUAUCUACCCAUCUCUUAUAUUAUAGAACGCUUAAUAGUUAAGGUUUUAUCCGCUCGGUCGUUUUCGGAGCGCGUCCAAUCGAAAAGUUAGAUUUUCCCAUAUGUGGAAUAAGGAAGAUCCAAUUGAAUCGAGGGCCCGGUCACCGCCGCUGCUGUUAUCACGUUUCUGUUAUCACAACCCAGGUUUUCUAUCAAGUAUUAUUAUUUUUUCAAAGUCCGUCAGAAUGUUGGCUCUGUUACCAGGUUUCUUCCGAUUUUGACCCUUUUUGGGCCUUGUAUUUGAUUCACGUUCCCAAAAAAGUCUCAAGUCAAGUCAAGUGUAAGUCAAGUGUUCGGGUUUUGUCCGUUUUUAGGUAGUUUCAAAAAUUAAAAAUUAAAAUUUAAAAAAAAAUAAAAAAAAAAAAUAUUUUGAAUAAAAUUUGACCAAUACAUCUUAAAUCGUGAUACCAAGUCAAGGAAUAUUUUCGUUUUUUUGUCCGAGCGUAGCGCAGCGAGCGAGUGGCCACGCGGGCAUCACUGCGUGAGCAUCACUGAUGGAUCGUUUGGUAUAUGAAGGUAUAAUUGUGGUAUACACUUCCUUAUCAUUUUUCGGGCAACUGCACCCAACUCCCCGUUGUCACGGUCGUUAUCGUGAUGACCUCGGCGUUCUUAUCGAUAUCCGCGAGAGCGCGACCUGGAACAGAUCUGACGCGGGUGGCGCGAACCACCGGUCGAGUCAAUGGUAGACGGUGGCGUCAUAUUAUGCUGGACCGUCGUUUGAGCAACAUACCUUGAUAUUUACAUUAUAAUACUUUGCAUAUAACACAUUGUGUAUAAAUAAUAAAAAGUUGUGUCGUUCAUAAAACGUGUCUGCUGUCUUUUCUAAUCGUCCUGAUACUACAUUGGCGCAGUCGGCAAAGGAAUAAGAUGGCAGGGCAAGCAAACAACCUUGGCCCAUCCCACUACAACCGCCCAUCUCGUUACAUGAACGCGAAUCGUGUUGUGGAACUCCGGAAAAUGGCGGCGAAGCUUUUGCGAGAAGCCAGGAGGCUGUCAGGUGAAGGUCCAGAAGACACGAUAGACGGUUGGUCACCAGAAAGAGCGGCCACUGCGUCCUUACGCCAGAUACGUGGCAGCUCUACGGCAUGGGCGCUGUUUGAGCGGGGGCUCAAUGAGGGACGGAAGUCAAACACCGCAGAACAUGAGCCAGCAAGGAAUUGGUCAGGACCUCCUGCGCAAGUGCCAACCUCGCCAUCGGAUCCACGACGAUACCAGCCCUAUUCCGUCCAGGACAGGCGAUUUCCAAUUCAGCAGCCACCGGCCCAGCAGCUGUCGC